AGCCAAGCUAGACGACGAGAGGUUUUAGGCCCCCGCUUAAACCCUCCUUCCUUCCAACACUCUCUCUUUGGAUCUUUCUCUAUUCUCUCGCGAAUCAUAAUAGUAUGUACCGAGUUGCUGCCGCCAUUGCUUCAUCAGUCAGGUCCUCUGCUACCAAAAAAUUGGUAUGCAGUCGUUUUAUCUCUAGCAGAAAUUAUGUUGCCAAGGAUAUCAAUUUUGGAACUUCUGCUCGGGCAGCUAUGUUGCUGGGGGUUAAUGAACUUGCAGAAGCUGUUAAGGUCACCAUGGGACCAAAGGGCCGCAAUGUCAUUAUUGAGAAAACCAAUGGGGCUCCUAAGGUCACUAAAGAUGGUGUUACUGUAGCCAAAAGCAUCAAGUUCAAGGAUAAGGCGAAAAAUGUUGGUGCUGAACUUGUGAAGCAGGUUGCUAAUGCUACUAACAUUGCGGCAGGAGACGGUACUACUUGUGCAACUGUCCUUACUCAAGCAAUUUUCACUGAAGGUUACAAAUCUGUGGCUGCGGGUGUAAAUGUGAUGGAUUUACGUAGUGGUAUGAAUAUGGCUGUUAAUGCUGUCAUCCAGGACCUAAAGAGCAAAGCAAUGAUGAUUAGCACACCUGAAGAAAUUACACAGGUGGCUACUAUUUCUGCAAAUAAUGAGCGGGAGAUUGGGGAACUGAUAGCAAGGGCAAUGGAGAAAGUUGGGAAGGAAGGGGUCAUAACCGUAUCUAGUGGGAAUACUCUGGAUGAUGAAUUGGAAGUGGUGGAAGGGAUGAAGCUAUCUCGUGGAUAUAUGUCCCCCUAUUUUGUUACAGAUGCGAAGACUCAGAAAUGCGAAUUAGAAAAUCCUUUGAUCCUUAUUCAUGAUAAGAAAAUUUCGGACAUGAACUCACUUGUUCGAAUACUAGAGCUGGCUGUAAAGAAUCACAGGCCACUCCUAAUUGUUGCUGAAGAUUUGGAGAGUGAUCCACUUACAAUGCUUAUUAUAAACAAGCAUCAAGCUGGGAUUAAGGUGUGUGCCAUUAAAGCUCCAGGUUUUGGGGAUAGCAGAAGAGCAAAUUUAGAGGAUCUUGCCAUUUUAACUGGGGGAGAGGUUAUAAGUGAAGAAAAUGGUCUGAGUCUUGAUAAAAUUAAGAUCCAUAUGCUUGGUAAUGCUAAAAAGGUUACUGUUUCUAUGGAUGAUACAAUAGUUCUCCAUGGGGGCGGGGAUAAGAAACAGAUUGAAGAAAGGUGUGAACAGCUAAGGACUGCCAUGGAGACAAGUGCAGCAAUGUUUGACAAGGAGAAAGCACAGGAACGGUUGUCCAAGCUCUCAGGCGGUGUUGCAGUUUUCAGGGUUGGAGGGGCUAGUGAGGCAGAAGUUGGAGAAAGGAAAGAUAGGGUUACAGAUGCUUUAAAUGCAACAAGGGCGGCUAUUGAAGAGGGCAUUGUGCCAGGUGGUGGUGUGGCCCUCUUGUAUGCUGCAAGAUCUCUGAGACAUCUUCAGGCUGCAAAUGAGGACCAGCGAAGGGGAAUCCAAAUAAUUGAGAAUGCCCUUAAGGCACCAACUCUUACAAUAGUCUCAAAUGCUGGCAGUGAUGGUGCUUUAGUCAUUGGCAAAUUAUUAGAGCAAGAUGACCUUAAUUUGGGAUAUGAUGCUGCCAAAGGUCAAUAUGUUGAUAUGGUGAAGACUGGAAUAAUGGAUCCUCUAAAAGUUAUUAGAACAGCAUUGGUAGAUGCUGCAAGUGUCUCAUUGCUUUUAACUACUGCUGAAGCAACUGUUGUGGACCUUGAAGGAGAGAAAAACCCAAUGGCAAAUCGUGUGCCAGAUAUGGAUGCUAUGGGUUACUGAUUGAGCAAAACUCGGUGUUUUUGGUCGUGCAAAUCAAAUGCCAGUGCAAAAUACUGGAAACUGGUCUGGGAGGCUGGAAACUUGUCUGUUGUUGAGCUGCAGUUAUGCUGCAUGCAAAAUGCUUCUCUUCAGCCCUUCUUUAAUGGAAGAAAACAGGAGCUCCCUUUAUCAGAUUGGGCAUGGAAAGAGUUAAUUAAUUUAUAAUUUCAAGAUGUUAGGGGAGAAAGGAGGAGUCGCUGAUGGUUGUUUCCUGAUAAUGAUGUGGCAUAGUCACUACAGAAUUCAAUAUACGAAGACAGAACUCUAUCAAGAUGUCAUUAGCUAAACAUU